AGAAGUUUUUAUUGUCACGCUGUCACGCAUUAUUACAAAUUAUUUUUUUUUCCUUUUUCCCCGGAAAUCUGAGCAGUAAAUAGAACCUGUGGUGCCUCGAGAGGACAUUCGGCAGAGCCCCCCAAGCGAAAGAACUGACUGAAAUUAAUAGGAACAUGCUACGGUUUAACUGCGCGAUUCUUGGCGGUAGAGGCACUGGCAAAACGUCCUUCAUCAACCGCCACCUGAGUGGGGAGUUCAGCGACGGCGGUGCUGCAGCCGAAAUCGAAAGCCACGAGCUUGUUUUCCACACCAAUCGUGGCCCAAUGUGCUUCGUGGUGUGGGAGACCCACGGCGAAGCGAGUGCCCCGAUCGAGUUGAAGGUCGAGCCGGAGUGCGCCAUAGUCCUGUUCGAUGUCACUUCGGAGUCGUCGUACAAAAACGUUGUCAAAUGGAAAACGGCUUUCGCCAAGGCCAGCCGUUUCCAAAGAGCCGUGAUCACCUGCGGAAAUAUGGUGGACCUGCAGUUUCGCUACGGCCAAGGCCCCGAAUUCAGAAAUGGCCGCUACGAUAUAUCGGUGAAGAAGGACUUCAAUUUGGGGAAGCCCUUCCUUUGGCUGGCGCGCAGACUCGUUGGCGAUCUACAACUGAGGUUUGUGCCCCAACUAGCCCCCCCGCCGCCACAGCAGCCGCUGGACGACGCCGCCAAGCGGGAGAUGGAUGUUAACUUGAUACUAACGAAAAAGAUACCCCUUCCAGGCAGAGUUUAACCAUCAAUAGACACAAACCAAAGCCCUUCAAAAGCCAACGAAGAAACAGAUCAAAUAAAUGUGCUUGCAAUAUUUAAA